AUAUUUUUUUAUCUACAGAGGUGAUCGCUCCGCCGCGCAAGUCUGCGCGCUCGGCUUUUCAGCUGCAGUUGCUUUAUCGCACGCCUCAAGUUACUAUCGCCGGAAGAAACGCGUCCUCGUAUCCAGGCUGUCUGCUUCGCACCAUCGUAAAGUAAGGCAUUUCCCGCCAGAGCGGUGCUUGUUUCACCGCGGUGGACUGAACUAUGGGCUCCAAAAGCACUGACAGCCCGAGACACGCAUUCGAUGCUCAACGCCGCGCCAUUCACAGCAUGGCGGCGCCGUGCCCGCGCAGGUUCCUCCCAGCGCCGGAGCCUUCGGGGGAGUGGGACUUGGAGGACGUCUGCACCGUGCUGGCUGCCAUUUCGCUGCUGCUGGUGGCACUGGUUGGCGUGCCGCUCUGCUUCUACUGGGACAGCCGCUGCGUGCUGCUGACCAUCGGCUCGCUCGUGGCGCUCUGCAUCAUGGCGCGCGUGGUGCACGAGCGCCGCGCCGCUGCGCACCUCGCUCGGCACCAUUGGCUGUCGCUGACCGCCUCGUUCUUGGUCCAGCAGAGCCCGCAGGAGCGCGAGCCCCUCGUCUCUUGCAAGAGCGCCAACAGUGUCUGAAAAAGGCUCGGCGCACUCCGGCCUACAGCCUACCCGCCACAGUGCUUCGUCGGGAGUUUUCGACGGGGUGCAAGGAUUCGCUCCUGCCAACAGCCCCAUAUCUGCAGCGUACGCGAAACGGCCGGCAACGGACUGCAAGAGCGACGGAGCAGAUUCGCUCUCAGUGCGUGUGUUUUCUCAGCGCGCAUCCAGAACGGACUUCGCUGUGACUGGAGCAUUUUAACAUUUUCGCAUUCGUCCUGUGCUCUGCGAGAGCUAACAGGCCUGAACAUUGGCGCUUUAUACAGUGCGUAACGGUUUGCCUCCCGUGGAGUGCGAUUUUGCACACUCACCUGCCUAUGGUCAGCUUUUUUUUUUUCUUUUUGUAGCACUUCAGGACUCGUCUUUUAGUCUAAGGAGUGCUGCUAAACGCAAGAUUGCUAUGUCUCAAGUAAAGCCGAAAAAAAAACGAAAGGCAAAGGGAAAGUAAGCAAUUCCUCUGCAGCUUCGGCACCGCAUGAGUGCUUAUUUCGUGAGCCAUAUUGAAGAUGUGCCUAGGCGUAUCUGGCCGUCUUGAAGUGUCUUGCGACACGACACUUACCUUUUUAUCCUCCACGAACGAAAGGACUCUCCGAUUAUUGCCCACUUAGCACCUACGCUUGAAAAACUUAUUUCUGUCUCGUGGCGACUCUGAAGACAUCCUUAACGCCGAUAUUGAACCAUGCAUUACAUAUUCGCGACAAAUUUGAGACGGUUUCUCAACUCUGAAAUUGUCAUUGCUCGAACGCUUGAAAGCCACACUUUGUGCAAUUUCAGUUUCACUUCAAAGCACAGCCUGUGGGCACUGCGCUCUACCCCUCAAUAUUUUUGCGAGCAUUUUAAGUAUUUCUCAUAUUUUAUUUCGGAGAGCAAUUUUACCCCUCUCCUUGUCACACGGUUACUGAUACGCGAAAAAAACUUAGGGCGAGAGGGUAGGGAACGGAGCAAUAAAGUUGGUUUUAUUUUCUCA